AUGUGGGGCGGAGGGACGCUGAUCCUCGGACAAGACCAGGACAUGGUCGGCGGUUCCUUCCAGGCUGACCAAUCCUUCACGGGAGAAGUGGCGAGGUUUGCCAUCUGGAGUCGCUCGUUUUCGCCUGACAUCCUACAGGAACUCACUCACAUGGGCGGAGAGUAUGCCGACAACCUGAUUCCGUGGCUGACGGGAUGGCAGCUCGAGGGCGAAGCCAAGUGGCGGGACAUGCGAGCAGGAGAGGAGACCGCGGGGAGUAUGGAGGAUCUGCUGCAGUUCAUGGGCGUCCCUCUGAGCCUGCUGGAGCACUCUUCGAUCUGCCAGUCCCUUGGUGGCACCCUGGGCGUCCCAUCCUCGAACUGCGAGACGAGGCGGCUGAUGACCGCGGCAUCGCCCUGGAUCUCCAGGUGCGCUGGGGGAACCUUCGUCAUCUUCAUGUGGCUAAACGCCGUCGACGGAGGCCAUGAGGGCACCUGGACCACGCUGGAGGGACACGUCCUAAACUACACUCACUGGUACGGCGUGGAGCCCAACGGGGGCAUCACUGAGAACUGCGUGGGCGUGAAGGGCCAGGGCGUGGCUGCGGGGAAGUGGUACGACAUCAUGUGCGACGGGGCCCCGCUGUGCGCGUCCUGUCGCUUUGCCUCUCGGCCGUAUCUCCACUUGCGAGGUCCCUGUGUGGAGCAGUCGGGGGUCGACGCGGAAUACGUCCUUCACCCGGACUCCCACGACGGCCUGCACUUCAUCGGCUUCACGUCUUCCAACAUUGCGGUGCUGGAAGGGAAUCGGUAUGGGCUGGUGGUGGACGGCGCGAAGCCGAUCGCCUUUCUGGAGGACGCCAAGCAGUCCAUCUGUCCCGUGGGACGCUACAAAUGGAAGUUCCCCGAAGGAGACGGCUGCCCGGGAGUCAGUAACGGCUCUGCCAUCAUGAUGUUGUCCGUGUGUGCACCGGAACAGUUCACGUGCAAUUCAGGUCACUGCAUCCCCUUGGCGCAACGCUGCGACCGCGUCGACAACUGCGAAGAUGCCUCCGACGAAGUCAACUGCACCAUCAUGGUGGUCCCUCCGUCCUACCGAUUCACGCUUCCGCCGCCGUCGGUUCCUCUCACGGAGGACGAGGCGCUGUACCUCGGAGAAGUGGCAGCGCCCUUGCGAGGCGCGGCCGCCAACACCACCGUGCCUCUGUUCGUCUACCUCUUCAUGGACAUCUCAGCCGUCACCAGCCUGAGCGCCAAGGACAUGGAGUUCACCAUAGAGUUCACUUUGCGAAUGUCCUGGCGAGACUCCAGGCUCAUUUUCCACAACCUCGCCGGGGACGAGAACCUGAACCUGGUGCGGCAGGAAGGCCCCGACAGGCACUGGACGCCCGAGGUUACUUUCGAGAACGGCCAAGGCAACAGUCAUACAGUAGUAGACGAGGAGGCAAGAGUGACGGUGAGAAGAGAGAGCAAAGGGGUCCUCUCGCGCUCCUCCCACGCCUACGAAGAUCUCGAGUACAGCGGCCUGAAAAAUUCUCUCCGUAUGACACGAAAAUACAACGUUACCUUCAACUGUGACUUGGACCUCAUGAUGUAUCCCUUCGACAAACACACCUGUUCGAUCAACCUUAAGAUGGCGUCCGGCACCCGCGACUACCUCGUCCUCCGGAGCGAGGGCGAGGGCGUGAGGUACUCCGGCAAGGAGAUCCUGGUGGAGUACGAGGUCACGGGCGUCAACAUGGAGGACGGGGGUGACGCCUUCGACCCGAUCUCCUCCACUCUGGCCCCUCGCUCCACCACCUUCGCUCCACCUUCCGCCACUCUCGCUCCACCUUGCGCUCAUCCUUGCUCCUCUCCCUCGUCUCCGUCGCGCGACCCCGAGGGAUUGCCAUCACCGCCGUCGAUGUCGCCGUCAGCUUCCUCGUCAUCGGAGCUCAAGCAUAAGGCGCUGUCGACGUAUUCGACGCUUAAGGUCGAGUUCCACUUCCGGCGACUCUACGGCUUCUACAUGAUCAACACUUUCCUGCCCACGUCGCUCAUGAUCGUCAUCGCCUACCUCACCUUCUUCUUCAAAGUGGACGAUUUUAAUGACCGCAUCAUGGUGUCCCUCACGUCGCUCCUCGUCCUGUCUUCCCUGUUCAACCAGUCAUCGUCAUCGCUGCCCAAGACGUCGUACCUGAAACUCGUCGACGUGUGGUUCCUGUCGAGCAUCGUCACCAUCUUCGUCAUCAUCGUCAUCCAGACUGUGCUCGAGCAUCUGAGGGACGAGGACGACGUGGGAAGGUCGUGGUCGUCGUCGUCGUCCAGCGCUUCUGUCCGCCCGAUGCAGGUCUUCGGUCGCAACCUGCUGCCUCCCGUGAAGUCGAUCUUCCCGCAGGUGUCGCAGGGGGCAGCGGGGCCCUCGACGUCCGCCGCGGGCCGAGGCAGGGAGAAAAGACUCGAGAAGUUCGAGCGCGACUUCAACCUCCGCUUCGGAACUCAAGGAACGAUCACCAACGGACCCGCCUCGGACCUGACCUCCUCGGGCUCCGGCAGAAGACGACGCUCGACCUUUUCGCCCCCAGCAGGAGACUUUCUGGGGAGGAGCUCUGGCACGACGGCGAGGGACGGCGCCUCUUCCUCCGACGGCCAGCGCUCGUCUCGGAGAAUUUGCGACGUCUUCAGCAAAAUCUUCUUGUUCUCGGCUUUCACGAUUUUCCUCAUCGGCUACUUCGUCUGGGCGCUGUGCUCCUACAGGGCGUGA